AUCACCUCUUCUGCCUCAAAAAAGACACCAGAUACCGUAAAGACCGACGAACCAUUCGAGGUAGGCAGUGGGAAAUACGUACAACAGACCUAGACCCUAAAUUCAGCAUCUGGCACUGCUAGGCAGCAACACAUUGAGCUUUCAAUGGUUUCAACAACAUAUAUUCAGUCGCUGCAAUGAGGUCUCGUUUGACGGUAACGGGUUGGAAAUGCAUCCAGUAUGCCAACAAUCUCGCCAGACCAUAUCCAAGAUAUCCACAAUGCCGAGCUAUAUCCCAAUUAUCGCAAUCUUCUAGAGUGCCGCGACUAGCAGCAUUGAACCGAGGGCAAUGUCCCUUCGCAGCUGGUCCAGCAUUGUAUACGAGUCAACAACAGCAUCGACAGCUCAAUCGCGAAAUGUCAACCUCAUCUCCUUCUCCCUCAAAAUCACCACGAGUCCUCUUCUUCGGUACCGGCGCCAUCGGCAGCGUCUACGCAUACCUAUUAUCCCGAACAAUCCCCGCCAACAGCAUCUACACCGUCUGCCGAUCCAACUAUGCCCACGCCAGAGAGCACGGUUUUACGAUCAACUCGACCAUCUGGGGCGACAACCUCCACGUGCACCCACAAGUAGUGGAUUCAGUAUCGUCUGCAGUAGCCUCAUCACCAUCCGAACCAUUCGACUAUGUGAUUGUGACAGCCAAAUCAAUCGAAUCGACACCAUCGAUCCCAACCUUGAUCCGACCAGCCGUCGGCGCAGACACGACCAUCGUACUGAUUCAGAAUGGAAUCGACAUUGAGCCGAUAUAUGCACAAGAAUUCCCAGACUCGACAAUCCUAUCUUGUGUCAUAUAUUUGCCUGCCACGCAGACUUCACCAGGUGUGAUUACACAUCGAGAGAUAGAGUACCUCCAUCUCGGAACAUAUCCUGCUACAUCUCCCACUUCAGUUUCAUCCCCAACCUCAACGUCAGGCCAAACCCGAAAACUCCACCGAGACCAACUUCACGCCGAAGCAUUUACACAACUGCUCACCGCAUCCGGUGCAACCGCGACAUUACACGCAGACGUGCAACGAGAACGAUGGCGAAAACUUCUUGUCAAUGCGGCAUGGAAUCCCGUCUGUGCACUGUCACGAUCACGAGAUGCCGCAUUCAUGGCUUCGACACCGGACGAUGGGGCAGAGGUGAUCCGUCAGCUGAUGCUCGAGGUUGCCUCCAUUGCCAAUGCUAUCGGCUAUGCCGACCUAGGCCCCGAUCAAGUCGACCAUCAGAUCUCACGGGCAAAGGCGAGACCUUUGCCGGGUGUGGAGCCUAGUAUGCUGGCUGAUGUUGCGGCUGGGAGAAAUAUGGAGGUUGAGGCUAUUGUGGGCAAUGCCCUUCGAAUUGCUCAACGUAAUAAUGUCCAUACUCCGCUGCUUAGGCUUGUUUAUUCUUUGGUCAAGGCAUUAGAUGACGUGUCUAGAAGAGACAGGGAACGGUGAUAGGGUUGAUUUGACCUCUCUAUGUAUCUAGAUUUUAGAAAUCUAAGUCUAAACCCAGAUCGAUGUCUAUAUCUCAAUGUUGACACCCUUCAACG